CUGUAACAUAUAAUGUGUAUAGUACAUAUACAUAUAUACAUAUAUACAGUAUAUAGUAUAUAUUGUAUACUGUAUAAGCUGUUGACCUGAGUUUACUGUAGUGAAAAAAACAUUAUGAUAAUUUAUUUUUUGUUUUGAUACUUUUCACGAGUUUUAGCAAAGCCAACAUGUGUUUAAAAAUAUUGAUCCUGUAGUUUUUUUUUUGCGUCUUUAUAUAAUUUGUGAUCCGAAACGUGACUGCUGCUAUGUCGUGAUUAGCGUCUCUUCACAUGUCUCAGUUCUAAAAUGUCAAUUGAUAAACAGCAGCGAUGAAUAGCAAUUCAGAAUUUGAGUUUUUACGUAAAAGUUUUGGAGUUUUACAAAGAAUUGCUUCUAUUGAAUUUGAUCAGGCAAAGUCUAAAUGGUCUACAUUGCAGUAUGCCGAAAGAGCUUUUGAAUCUGUGCAUAUAGGUAGAAGUAGAACGAAUGAGAAUAAAAGGAGAAAAAGAUCAAAAUCUGAACAUGGCAGAUCUAAAUAUAGAAGGAAAAAUUUGAGCACUUCUGAUUUACUUGUAUACUCCGUAUCGUCUGGUGGAGAAGUUGUUGAAGCAAUUAAGUGUGCUGUUGCAGAAGCCCAAUGCUCCUUAACUCAAAUACGCGAAGGAAAACAUCCAAAUUUUCGGGAUUGUUACGGCUUCUAUAGGAUUGAUGAUGAUAUCGACUUUACUUUCGAAGAUAUUCCAGAUUCUUUAAGAAAGACAAUUAAAAAUUGCGAAAAGGAGAAACAACGUUUUAUAGAUAAGAAAUUGCAUAAAGCUAAUGAAUUUGAGAAAGAUUGGGAAUUCUUUAUGGAAUCUUGGAACAAUAACCUGAUGGAGGAUAGGGAUUUAAAAAAACAAGUCCGAAAAGGGAUUACACCCAUUUACAGACAAAAAAUAUGGACGUACUGUAUAAACAAACGAGUUGGCCUAAAAAGGAAUAAAAAUAAAGACUAUUACCGAAAUUUACUAAAAAGGAACGAAGGUCGAUCAAAUCCAAAUAUCAAGCAGAUUGAAUUGGAUUUAUUAAGGAGCCUUCCGAAUAAUAGCAAAUUUCAAACUUUUAUGUCAGACAGCGUUAUUAAGUUGAGAAAUGUACUUGUUGCCUUUUCAUGGCAUUGUGAACAGAUUGGUUAUUGUCAGGGCUUGAAUCGAAUCGCUGCUAUUGCUUUAUUGGUUUUACCAGAAGAGGAUGCAUUUUGGUGCUUGGUUGCUAUAGUUGAGCAUAUUCUUCCAAAAGAUUAUUAUACAAACGUUUUGCUUGGAGCACAAACAGACCAGAAAGUCCUAAGGGAUUUCAUAAUGAAACUGGUACCCAAGGUCUAUAACAAGCUGGAAGAAAAAAGAGUUGAUCUCUCGCUUUUCACUUUAAGCUGGUUCUUAGCAGUUUUUGUAGAGAAUCUUCCCGUUGAGACGUAUUUUCGCAUAUGGGAUUCAUUUCUAUUGGAGGGUGACAAGAUUCUCUUUCGAUUUGCUAUUGCAAUUUUCAAGAAAAUCGAAGAAGAUAUUUGUAAACUAAAUGAAAAUCCAGAAAUUCAUGCCUUUAUGCGAAUUAUACAGCGUAGUUUGUACGAUCAUCAUACUUUAGCUGAUAUAGCCUUCAAGUUAGGUCCUUUUUCCAAGAAAUCAUUAGCUAAUAAAAGAGAAUUAUAUCUUGAAGAAACAAAGAAAGAAUUAGAAGAAUGGAAGAAAAGAGAAUCUCGAAAUAAAACUAUUGAAUGAAAAAAACAGAUGGCGCUUUCACAGUAUUCACUAUGGAUGACCUCUGUUAGUACCAAACAAAAGAUGAACUACCCAAAAAAAAGAUACGACUUACUCGAUAGCAAAACUUUAAAUCUUAAUAAUAAUAUUGAUAAUAAUGAUAAAUAAUAAUAACAAUUGUUUAUUUUUUUUUUACAUUUAUUCAUUUGUUCUCAUUAAUUUUCAAUUGUAGGAAAGAAUAAUAAAUAUAUAUAUUUCAAUUGAAUAUCUUUUAAAACAGAGUCGGUUUUAAAAGUAAAGGAAAGUUACUGUGUAUUUAUAGAAAAUAGAUCGUUUGAUAGGGAAUACGUAUACAGUAUAUAGAGAUACGGUAUAUAGAAAGAGAGAGAAAGAAGCUAAACAAUAGAAGUAAGUGUACUUAACAAUUAAAUAGAAUCAUGUAGGCGGUAUUUUAGAAAAUUAAAUAAAUAUUGUACGGAAAAUAUAUAUUAACUAUAGUUUGUCUUAAAAGUAAGACGGCUUACUAGGUGUAAACUUCGUAGCAUGAAUUUGCAAUUUUUGUAAGAGAAUGUAGCAGUGCUGUAUAUUGCAGUUGAUUCAAGCACUUAAGAAUACUUAUAUACACACAUUAUCGUUUUACAGCUACGGAAUUAAUCAUUUUGUAAAUACCCUAUAGGGGAAAUAUAUAAGAUGAUUUAGAAGAAUGCCGUUUUUCGUUUUUGAUGGAAUAUUCAGUCUACUUCAAAGGUCAUAAAGCGAGUUCGUUAAUCAUUUUAUCUUUCAAAUCAAUCGAGCUGUUGCGUAGACUGUUCAUUGUCUGAUCAUGUGUUUUUGUUUAUGAAAUUGAUCUCUCACACAAAUUGAUUUAUGCCGAGCUAACAAUAAAUAAGAAAAAAAUUAUGCAGAAGAGAUGAGACGAAGGAGCUAGAAAGAACAAUCGAAUAAAAAAUAUAGCAUUCCUACGCAUUGGAGCGUUAGUCGUUCCGGCUAUUUACUCAAUCUCUAUACAAAUUGACCUCUUUGUUUGAGUAAUAAAACCCUGCUUUUCCCAUUUUACAACGUUCAGGCGUUACUAAAAAUAUAUUUUGAUAUAUAUUAUGUGUAAGUAAAUAAUUCAAAUAUUAUAGUGCACUAACCGCCAUUUGUAUUGUGGCGCCAAUACGGAUAUUGCAGUCUAUAUUGCAGUUGAUUGUUGCGUCUCGUCUUAUUCAACUAGAGGUCAUCGGCUAGUUGGCUUUCAUUUCAAUGCCGUCGCUCGUUAAUUUUACCAGCUGCAAUUCAACAGACAACGAUAUAACAACAAAAGUUCCGUCUUGCCAUACGAUUCCUAAGAGCCGUAACGAGUUAGAUGCUUUUCUAUAUAUCGUAGUCGUUCUACUUUUCUAUGCAGCCGUAAUGUUACUCCUCAUGAUUAAAUACAUAAAGAGAGAAAAACAGGAUGCCAUAUUGGAAAGAUACUAUGAAGAUUUUGUUAAAAGAGACAGUUUUCGAAGAAAUCUUCAUACUAUACCAGCACACGAUCAAAUAAGGAUAUCGAAUGAAAGAAGACUGGAAGAAGAGCCUCGGAAUGUUUAGUAUGUAAAAUCAAAUAUAAUCAUGGCUUUGCGAGGAAUCGUGCGUAGUGUUGAAUAUAAAAUGUACGAUAAAAGUACAAGUAUCAUAAUAGUACCUGUUGACUUUUAGAAAGAAAAAAAAAAGAAAAAAAAACAUGCUGACAGAUAGACGCCCACACUGUAACGGUCAUUUUACUAUCGAGACAUUUUGCUAUUCAAGUUUAUUUCCAUUCUUUUAUUGAAUUUAUUGAAUUCUUUUUUACAAUUGGAAUAAAGAUUCUAUUAAACAUACAUAAUUAAAC